AUGAGACUGUUUGACCUUUUCUUCCCCUGUUUUUGUAGAGGACAUAGAAAUCAAGAAGACCAACACAUAAAGAAAGUAGUGCUCAAAGUUCACAUUCAGGAUAACAAAGACAAACAGAAGGCUAUGAAGGCAGUUUCUAGCCUCUCAGGUGUGGAAUCCCUAGCCAUUGACAUGAAGGAGAAGAAGCUAACUGUUGUGGGGGACGUUGACCCAGUCGAGAUUGUGAGCAAACUGAGAAAAUUGUGGCACACGGACAUACUAACGGUGGGGCCCGCCAAGGAGCCCGAGAAGAAAAAGGAAGAUGCCAAGAAGGACGACAACAAAAAGGAGGACAACAACAACUACAAGAAAGAGGACGGCAAGAAGAAGCUUGAGAAUGAACAAAUGGCGGAGAUGAUGAAGAUGUACAAGAAUCACUACAAUUACAGUUACAAUAACCCUUAUUAUACACAAUACUACCGUGUAUAUAGUGCCGAGGAAAAUCCCAAUUCUUGUGUUAUUUGCUGAUUUAUAUGUUGUACAAAAGAAUAUGCUGAAAAUUUCAUUGCAUGUUGACCUUUUUUUGUUGUUGUAAAAAAAAAAAAUACUUUAGUUAUAUUUGUUUUGUUUUCUUGAUGGGGUUUUGAAGUAUUUUUUUUUAUGAAGACUACAUUUAAUGUGGUUGUUGAUCAUGUGGAGGGUAGUUUUUGUUUGAUGUAAAUUAUACUUAUCCUUUUGUUAGUAAGACCUAAUAGUUAAG